AUGGGACUCGCCUCGAAACUCUCCGCUGCAGGGAUGCACACGCCCGGCUCCGCCGCCUCAGGCCCUCCCCCUCCCUCACAGCAAUUUGGCCACCCUCCCCCUCCCGCGCAGCAGAGCCCGUACGGCCAGCAGCAGCAGUACGGACAGCAGGGACCGCCCCCGGCUUACUCGCAGGGUGGCUACGCCCAACCGCCCGGCCAAGGCGGAAAGUCGCAGUACGCCCCGCCGUCCGGCGCUCCUCCUCCUCUUCCUCAAGGUCGUCCGGGCGGAGGUUCCUCCUCCUACGCCCCUCCGCCUGGCCCGCCUCCCGCUCUUCAGCCUGGGUAUCCCCAGCAACAGCAGCAACACGGCUACGGCCAGCCCCCUCAGCAACAACAGUACGGUCAGCAGCAGCAGUACGGCGGCGGAGGAGGAUACGGUCAGCCGCGUCAGCAGCAGUACGGCGCGCCUGUGGGAGCGCCUCCUCCGUCGGGCGGAGGAAGCGUCACGUUUGAGAGCAUCAUGCGGUUGCUCCAGUUCACGGUGCAGGACCAGAAAUUCCAAGCCUUCUACCCCUCACCCCAAUCGCUCGAACCCGUCGCGCACCGCAUCGUCCAGAGCGGCAUGAUCCAGCACCUCGCGCAAGCGUGGCGCCUCCCGCUCGAGAUUGCUGUCGACCUCGCCAAGCUUGCGCUAUGCGAUGUGAUCUUGUACAUCGACGACUCGGGAUCGAUGGCCUUCGAGGAAGGCGGCUCGCGCAUCGACGACGCCAAGCUCAUCAUCUCUCGCGUCGCGCAAGCCUGCUCGGCGUUCGACGACGACGGCAUCCAAGUGCGGUUCAUGAACUCUCGGAUCGAGGGCAACAACAUCCGCACAGAGCAAGAAGCCGUCGCGCUCGUCAACCAGAUCAAGUUCUCGGGUUUGACGCCGCUCGGAACGGCACUCGACUCGAAGGUCCUCCAGCCGCUCGUUCUCGGUCCCGCUCGCGCAGGCCAGCUUCACAAGCCCGUCCUUGUGAUUGCCGUCACGGAUGGCGCGCCAGGCGGAGAGGACCGCCACACGAUCGUGCGCGUGCUUGUCCAUGCGAGCAGGUUCUUGCAGCAGACGAGGUACGGCGCCGAUGCGCUGUCGGUCCAACUGGCUCAGAUUGGCAACGACAUGAAGGCCCGCGCCUUUCUCGAGGAGAUCGACUCGCACCCGGAAGUCGGCGGUCUCGUCGACUGCACCUCGAACUACGAGAACGAGGCGGACGACUUGGCGAAGCAAGGCGUCGAGCUUACGCCGGAGCUUUGGCUGAUCAAGCUGCUUUUGGGCGGUAUCGACUCUAGCUACGACAAGACCGACGAGAAGUGA